AUGGGCGGUUUGACUGAUUUAGAGAUUCCCACACUUCCCAAAGGACAGCAGUUGGUGAUCCACAUCAAGAAUACCUGGGGAGACAGAAACUAUGUGGGACUCAAUGGAAUUGAGGUGUUUACGGAUUGCGGCAAACCUGCAGAAAUUGUAGAGAUCACGGCAGAUCCUCCAGAUAUUAACAUCCUUCCCGAAUACGGUAAUGAUCCAAGAGUAGUCACCAAUCUUAUUGAUGGGGUUUUUCGCACCAGAGAUGAUAUGCAUCUUUGGCUGGCUCCGUUCACACCUGGAGGAAAACAUGGUAUAAGUGUUACUUUUGCUGACAGCAUAAGGAUUGCUAUGAUAAGAAUAUGGAAUUACAAUAAAUCGAGAAUUCAUUCCUUCAGAGGAGUACGAUGUAUUGACAUGACCCUUGAUGGAAGUCUGAUAUUUCAGGGAGAAAUAGCGCGCGCUAGUGGUAUUCUUGGAGCUGAUUAUGCCUUUGGCGACACGAUUUUGUUCACGAUGGAUGAAGAAAUACUGGAAGCCAUGGCUCAUUACGACCAGACAUACGAUGGAGAAGAGGAGGAUGAAGACGAAUUGCUACGGAGCUGUUACUUUGAACGGCCAUCCACUGCAGAUCAGGCGGAGGAAGGAACAAGUGGAGAUCGACCGUUUACGUCAGCCAAACAGCAUGUAAAGAAAUCAAAACCUGCUCCAGAACUUAUACCCGGAGAAGAUGUCCCAGACAGUUCUGCUAACUUCGUAGAGGGCCGAGUUCUUCAGUUCAAUUUUGUCUCGACGUGGGGAGAUCCGUACUACAUGGGACUUACUGGAAUCGACCUUCUGGGACCUAAUCAAGAAUCCGUUCCUGUUUCGUUCAGUAUGUUGACGGCGUCUCCAAGAGAUCUUAACGACCUUCCUGAAUAUGAAGAUGACGAUAGAACCCUGGAUAAAUUGAUAAAUGGAACAAACGUGACAAUGAGUGACGAACACAUGUGGCUGAUACCGUUUACUGACGGACAGGAUCAUCUUCUGACAAUAGACUUGGGACAAAUCACCCCAUUAGUGGGAUUCAGAGUUUGGAACUACAACAAGUCCACAGAUGAUUCCUUUAGAGGGGCCAAACAAGUUCACGUUAAGCUGGAUGAUAGGAAUAUUUCACCACCUGAAGGAUUUCUCUUGCGAAAAGGGCCGGGUAAUAUGCAUUUUGAUCAUGGCCAGGAUGUUUUCUUUAUCAAAACGACAAGAGGAUAUGCAGUGCAAGGUGCGAUGACCAAGGACGUGGAACGCAGAUCUGAAAGCAGAGUGAAUUUGAAAAAGCUUAUGCCAGACUAUGAACCCACGUUAAUGCCCUGUGGUUUCGUAUUUCAAUUUCAGCUGUUUUCCACUUGGGGUGACCCUUACUACGUGGGUCUUAAUGGCCUGGAAUUUUACGAUGAAAAUGGCUACAGGAUACGCCUCACGGAAAACAACAUAACCGCUCAUCCUCACAGUGUGAACGUGUUACCAGGAGUAGUGGAUGAUACAAGAACUCCUGAUAAGUUGAUUGACGGUGUGAAUGACACUUAUGAUGGACGACACAUGUGGCUGGCUCCCGUCUUGCCGGGAAUGAUCAAUUUGAUUUAUGUGGUGUUUGAUGAGCCUGUAACAGUUUCCAUGGUAAAAGUUUGGAAUUACAGUAAAACGCCGAUCCGAGGAGUUCAGCAGUUUGGGCUGUUAGUGGAUGACUUGUUAGUGUAUCAUGGCAUCCUACCACAAGUACCGGCUGUAACCAAAGGAAUUCUCCCCAACAUAGACUUGCCCACUCCACACCACACGAUACUGUUCACUGAUCACGAACAGAUCGCUCUGGCAGAGCGCAAAAAUGUUCUCAGCAACAAAGGAGGUGAACAAGAUGUCCAGCUGACAAAUGAUAAGAGAAUUGUGUCUCACUAUAGUGAUCCAAAGUCAGCAGGCAAAGUCGCUGAUCCCGCUCUGCGACCUAUGACAAGUGUUCCAGCUCUACAAAAGAAGAGAUAGACACCGCUUCAACUUUUUCAUUCCUGAAAACAGUCGGUUGAAUUCUUGACAAAUAUGCCUUACAAUCCUAGGACUCCGCAGUUGCAUGCUCGGUUUCUCCGUUAAAAAUCAGUUGCAUGCUCGGUUUCUCCGUUAAAAAUCAGUUGCAUGCUCGGUUUCUCCGUUAAAAAUCAGUUGCACGCUCGGUUUCUCCGAUAAAAAUGGAGUGAGGACAAACAGAAUUGCUAUGAGAUCCCUCGGGAUCCUCGCUUAAGUCUGCAGAACGCAGGGUUUAUGUUCUAAAGACUUAUGUCUAACCUUAAAGCUCUCCUUCCUUGGAUAUUAAUUACAACUGCGUUAAUAAGUGAGAUCACUUCUCAUCGUGGUGAAUACGGAAAGUUCUCACGGACCGUAUGGCUUGUAACCGGCGUGUUCUUGUUACAUAAAAUGUCAACGGAUGUCCCUGCGCUUUCAGAUCCUCUGUCUUGAACUAACUUCGUUCCCCUUCCAGUCUUUGGAUCUGAAUCUCCCAGAAAGAGAUGGUUGAAAUAAGUUAAUUCUCAAUUUAAUAUAUUACAUACCUAAUGUGCAUAGUAUUGGUUGCUGUUUAUAUUCAUCUUCCAGAGACAAAAUGAAAAAAUAAAUUUCACGCCUUAAUAAAUAUACUUGUGAAUAUAAAACAA